UGGGGUCAGCCAAUCGACGUUGAAGCAAAGUGGAUCGAUUUCGUUGACGACAACGUCAAAGCAAAGUUACCUCCAGGUGCUGAGAUUGACGGUAUUUGUCCCCAUGGAGCUAGCUACUGGACGAGGACCGCCGAGAUCUCGACGCGGAUGGCAGACGGCACAUCGCCUUCUUUCUUUCUGAAAGUAUCCCAAGGUGACACUGGCUGGGGCAUGGUAUCUGGGGAAUAUGCCUCCAUGAAAGCUUUAUACAAAGUUUUGCCCCAAUUUGUCCCGAUUCCAGUUGGAUGCGGCACAUAUGCAUCCAAUCCAAACGUUAAUUUCUUCAUCUGUGAGCUCAUAAAGAUGACAGACAAUAUUCCUGAGAUCCAAGCUUUCACCAAAACCCUUGCGGAGCUGCACAAGAAAGGGAUAUCGCCAACCGGGAAAUUCGGAUUCGAUGUUCCUACUUACAAGGGCACGAUUCCCCAAUACACAGCCUGGCAUGACACAUGGGAAGAAUCCUUCCAUCAUUCUCUCAAGUGGUUUGUUCAGGCUGAAGAGAAGUCUCAAGGCCCCGAUGAGGAAAUGCGAGAGCUUUGUAAUGGCAUAUUCGACAAAGUCAUUCCGCGCUUGCUCCGACCAUUGGAGACUGGAGGCCGUCAGAUUCAACCUCGUCUCAUUCACGGUGACAUCUGGGCCGGUAACGCGUCGAUGAAUGUAGAUACCAACUUGCCCGUCAUAUACGAUGGUGCCUGCCUAUAUGCCCACAGCGAAAUGGAGAUGGCGGCUUGGAGACCGAUACGUCACUUAAUUGGGAGACAGUACAUGAAGGCAUAUUUCAACCACUUCCCAAUGUCCGCCCCAGAAGAAGAUCAAGAUGAUCGCAACUUGCUUUAUUAUCUUCGAUGGGACCUCAAAAGCUCGGCCUUGUUUUCUGGUAAUCUUCGAUAUCGAAACAUGGCAAAAGUGACAAUGAGGGCUCUCAUUGCUAAAUUUCCGGAGGGAUACGAAGGGUGGGUAAAGGAGAAAGGAGAAGAGCCUGUCCAGCGAGUGAUAUGCCAAAAACCAAAAAUUUCCAACCCCUAG